GUGAAGCUGUGGAGCCUUUUCCUACAGCGUUGCGUGAUAUAGAGUCGGCCCUAGGGAAAACCCUUCAAGAUCCGAUUUUGGAAGAUGAAGAUAUUUUAUAUGCAAUGAAAGAUCGAAUCAAAGGUUUUUCUAUGCUUUCGCUCUUUUUCAAUUUCGGUUUUCAAGGAAUUUGGUCCGGCUUCUUCAUUGGCCGAGAAUUUUGUUCGCUUCAUGUGAGUGUGUGGUAUGUUAUUCUCCUAGCAAUGUCUAGAGGUUGUGCGUUUUUAAUCGGUGUUAUCGAUCUGGUGAAACUUUUUCAACCUUGUUGUUCUGAUGUUUCAAAUACUCGCCCACCACCUGAACCACCGCCUCACUCUGGGAAGAAGAUGAUGAUCAAGCGGAUCUCCUUUUCGGUGGCUGGUCAAACCGAUGUUUCAAGAAAUUCCUACUCGACUGAUUUCCCUUUGUUGGUUGCUGGUCAAACCAAUUCUCCCUUUCUGGUGGCUGGUGAAGCCGGAUCUUUUAGCUAUAUUUUUUUAAUUUCUAUUUGGAGUAGCAAGAAGAUGAGCAAGGCUGUUAGACUAGACUACAUUAUUGCGGGGUUAGUGAUCUGGACAGAUUCAUUGAAUCUGUUCCGUUCUAUGUCUCAUCCCAUUGUAUUUUUGCUAUCGCUUAAUAAUAAAUUAGUUAUUUGAUUUUCAAAAAAAAACAUAUGGAUCUAUUGGUCUAGAUUUCCCUCACCCUAUACAUUUGAGUAUGAAUUUCUUACAAG